GCCCGCGGGACAGAUGGUGACGGUGCAGUGGCUCUCCCAAAGCCGGACCAAGAGAGAUGCUGAGCUCUUCACACAGGAGGAGCACCCGGCCGCGGGAGAGAUUGUCCUCUCAUCUGACCACCUCCGGAUGGUACUACAAGUGGAACGCAAUCAGGAGCUCCUCAGUCCAGACUUCACAGAGACCUACUACACAGAGGAGGGCCAGCUGGUGACACUGGCCAACCAGAAUAGCACUGACCACUGCUUCUACCACGGCCAUGUGAGGGGGCAUCCCGACUCCUGGGUGGCUCUCAGCACAUGCACGGGAGUCAGGGGCCUGAUAUCCUUGAACUCCAGUCACAACUUCUACCUGGAACCUGUGAGCGGAGAGGACCACUCCCUGUUCAGCACUGACCAGCUGUCCAUCACCCGUGGCAACUGCGGACAUGGACACCCUCACAACAUGCUACUGUCCAAUCAGAUAUCCUCUUUUCACUCCAGGGUAAAGAGGAAUACCUGGGGGACCACCAAGUACAUGGAACUGUACAUAGUGGCAGACAAUACACUGUUUAAGCGUCAGAAUAAGGACUAUGAGAAAACCAAGACCAGGAUAAUGGAAAUUGCCAAUUACGUGGAUAAGUUCUAUAGAGCUCUGAACAUCCGUGUGCCUCUAAUCGGGCUGGAGGUGUGGACAGACAGAGACCAGUGCAUCGUGAAUGAGGAGCCCAAUGCCACACUGUGGUCUUUCCUCCAGUGGAGACAGAAGCUCAAGUCCCGCAAGAAACACGACAAUGCACAACUGCUCACUGGGGUGAUCUUCAAAGGUACAACUAUCGGAAUGGCACCACUGGAGGGAAUGUGCAGCCUGGAAAACUCCGGAGGCAUCAAUGUGGACCACUCUGAGGUGUCCAUUGGAGCUGCUGCCACUAUGGCCCACGAGAUUGGACACAACUUUGGGAUGAGCCACGACCAUGACGGCUGCUGUGUGGAGGCUACAGCCGAGCAGGGGGGCUGUGUCAUGGCCGCCGCAACUGGGCACCCCUUCCCCCGAGUGUUCAGCCGCUGCAGCAAGAGAGACCUGGACAGCUACUUCCAGAAGGGAGGGGGUAUGUGCCUCUACAACAUGCCCAACAUGAAGGACCUGGUGGGGGGCAAGAAGUGCGGUAACGGCUUUGUGGAGGAGGGAGAGGAGUGCGAUUGUGGGGAGCCCGAUGAGUGCACCAAUGACUGCUGCAAUGCCAACAACUGCACCCUGAAGGAGGAGGCUCAAUGUGCCCAUGGGGUCUGCUGUGAGGGUUGUAAGUUGAAACAGGCUGGGACCAUGUGCCGGGGUCCUGCAGGAGCUUGUGAUCUGCCUGAGUACUGCACUGGGGCGUCUCCAUACUGCCCCUCUAACGUGUACCUUCUGGAUGGUUCAUCCUGUCAGUAUGGCCUGGCCUACUGCUACAAUGGCAUGUGCCUCACCCACGAGCAGCAGUGCCUGCAGCUCUGGGGAUAUGGAGCACGGCCAGCCCACGACGCCUGUUUUGAAGACGUCAACGCAGCAGGGAAUGCAUUCGGAAACUGCGGAAAAGAUGAACACGGCAACUAUAUGAAGUGUGAUAAAAGUGAUGCCAAAUGUGGGAAGAUCCAGUGUCAUAGUGCGGCCAAGAAACCCAAAGGCACCAAUGCGGUGUCCAUCGACACCACCAUCAGGACGGGGGGCAUCGAGGUCAAGUGCAGAGGGACCUAUGUGUACAGCACCCAGGACGGACAGGGUGACCUGCCAGACCCUGGCCUGGUUGUUACUGGGACUAAGUGUGGAGAGGGCAAGGUGUGCCGAGACCGCCGCUGCCAAAAUGCCUCCUUCACCGAGCUGGAGACCUGCAUCACGCGCUGUCACGGCAACGGGGUAUGCAACAGUAAUGGAAAUUGUCACUGUAAUCGAGGAUGGGCGCCGCCAUUUUGUGAUAAGCCAGGGCUAGGGGGAAGUGUUGACAGUGGGCCAGUCCAGUAUGACAGUCAGGUGGGGCUGGUGGUUGGUCUGCUCUUUGCCUUCCUGGUGCUGCUGCCUGGAGUCCUCCUGCUCUUCUACUGCUACAGAAUCAAGAGUUCAUACUACCACAAGUGGCUUUCACAGCGGGACAAGAGGAAGAGCAGCAAUCUAUGCGUGCUGCCUCACACCAGUAAAGAGAUGCUGCCGCUCAGACCAGGCCCUGUCUCCAAUGGCACCCAGCCUGUGAACAUAGUGCGCCCGCUCAGACCGGCCCUGUCACCCACGGGUGCAGUCCGGGACAGUAAGGCUGUGCGACCGCCUCUCCCUGUGGGCAAACCUCCUGUCGCCCCACACAAGACCCCUCCUACCCCUCAGAGACUCAGCCCACCCAAGAAGCCUCUGCCCCUCAACCCUACCAGAUCUCCACUGUUGGUGUCUGAGCUGCCAUCUGCGCCCUCGGCCUUUCCCCCUCGAAGGCCCCUCCCCCUCAGCCCGGCGCGGGGGGCGUCUCCCUCAGUGAAGCCCAGACCCUCCCCAGGUCUGCAGGUGAUGAUGCCUCCAGCCAUGGGGCCCAAACCUGUGGGCAAAGUCACAGCCAUCCCCCCUCUCAGAGUACUCAGACCGGUCCCAGGUGCCAAACCAAACACAGCCUCAUCUCCGCCACGAAAAUGACCUUCUGCUCUCCCCGCCUCUACAGAGCGGGGUGCAUACAGCCUAUUUGCACUAAAGAGACUUUGGCUGGGCACACAGGAGUGCACAGAGCAGCAGAGGACAAGCUCAAAGUGAAACCUGGAGACACAACCACAUGAUGUGCCACAGUCCAGGUGAAAGCCUCAGAUCCUGACAGAAAAGGCCUUGAACACACAAAAACAAUCCACUGCUUUCUGCUCAUUUUUACACUGGGAGAGUCUACAUGGCAGCACAGUGGAUCGGCCUUGCACUCGCCUCACAGCAAGAAGGUCCCAGGUUCAAGACAUACUCCAACCUCACUCCCUGGUUGAAGGAGAUUAAUUGCAGAGGUCAAAUUUCUUUGUAGGGACAAUAGAGUCUAAAUCUGGUAAGAGAAGAAUUGCAUUCAAAGCAACUAUAUUUAAUACUGCAAAGUACAUCCUCUACUUCUUUAAAGAUCAUCAAAGACCUGGGUUUAUUAGUCACGAUACAACAAUAAAAACAAACAAAGCAUAC